GUGGGAGCAGAGCGAUGUUUUUUUAAAAGGACCGGCGUUAUGUCCAUGUUUAGGCACGAACAAGUCCAUUUCAACCCACCUAAAUCGCCCAGAAGACCUGCUGAGAUCGGCUCCUUAUAAAGUGUUUCUACAAUACGAGCCACGAGUAACAACUUCCAAAGGAACUUCAACGGCGCACAUUCCUUAUGAAUCGCGAAGUUGGAAGUCUAUAAUUUUGAGAUAUUCGUUUCAUCACUGAGUCUUCAACCUUAAACCCAUGCCUGGUUCUGGGAAAAUGAGAAAGCCCGAUAUUAAAAUCGUAAUCUUAGGAGACAUGAAUGUAGGGAAAACGUCCCUGCUGCACAGGUACUCAGAGAGAAGCUUUAAGGACACUUUAAGCACAAUCGGCGGAGCGUUCUUCUUGAAGCAGUGGGGUCCGUAUAACAUCUCUAUCUGGGAUACAGCGGGUCGUGAACAGUUCCAUGGUCUAGGCUCCAUGUAUUGUCGUGGCGCUGCAGCCAUCAUUCUCACGUAUGAUGUCACAAACUGGCAGAGCUUUGUAGAGCUUGAAGAUCGCUUCCUCUCUCUCUCUGACUCAGCCAAUAGUGACAGCAUAUUUGCCAUUGUGGGCAACAAAGCAGACCUCACUGACCCUAAAGCCCAUGUUAUGACCCUAGAGAAAGUCAGAGCAGAAGAGGGUAGCGUGCUUCCCCUUCCAUCCUUUCCCACAACUCCAGACUUUCCCUUGCACAAACAGGUGAGUCAGGAUGAUGCUACAGCACUGUACAACCGCAUAAUUCGCUAUAAGGCACUAGAGGGCACCAGCCCACCAGCAGAAAAGAUGUGCUUUGAGACAAGUGCUAAGACUGGAUUUAAUGUAGAUGUUAUGUUUGAGACACUCUUUGAUAUGGUGUUGCCAUCCAUCAUUCAAAAACACUCCCAAAGCGAUUCGCCGAUAUUGUAUUUGGAGGACUAUAAUGAAGAGGGGAUGAAGAGCAAAGGAGAUUGUUGCACAUGAAAGCAUUUGCUGAAGAGCAUCUGGGGUCUUGCAUGAAUAUCUUUUUACUUAUGGACACUGUUAUUUGAUCUGUUAGUUUACUGUCACAGUAAAUAUUGUACAUUGUCACAGUGAACAAGUGCACAUUAUCUCUGUUCUGACUCAUAUUAGGUGUGU